AUGUCCGCCACACGACCUCUCUCCGUUCUGAUUCUCUGUCUUUGGUUCAGCAUGGCAUCCAGGACUUUGGAGGCAUACAACCUCUUAGGCGUCUUGCCUGAUAUUGUCUCCAGAGACAUGGACCUACUUCCGAUGCGUUUCUACAAGCUUCUCGGAGGUGCUGGACCGUCUAAAACGUUCGACAUGAUGCCCCUGGAGGAACCCACGCCAAGCACCUCAUAUAUAAAUUCACGAAUGCUCGAACAGGCGAAGGCAGAGAAAGUGCUGCGUAAACAUCUCGCUACGUAUGGAUGUCAUGUUGGCAAAGAGCUGUGCAGCUUCGAACAGAAUACUGGUCAUGUGGUAGUGCAUCUCGUCAAGCGCAUUGGUGAUCAAGAGAUCGCUGAGAACGUUGUCUGUCGCUGGCUUGUCGGGACCGAUGGGGCGAAAGGAAAGUUUGUCUUUGGCGAGAUCAUAGUCAAGAACUUGACCCGUGACGCCGUUGGGGCUAUUCCUGAUGGAAUGCUGGAUGAGUGUUGGCAUUGUUGGGGCGACUUCGGUUCUAAGAUCUUCACCGUUUUGGGAGACGUCGGGUUAGAAAAGAUUCACGAGGACUAUGACACGCUGGUUCAGACAGUGAAGGAAAUAUCGAACAGGCAGGAUCUGAUCUUCGGCGAGAUCAAAUUUAAAUCCAACUACAGUCCGAAUGUUCGCGUGGUGAACAAAUUCUCAGAAGGCCGAGUCUUUGUUGCAGGAGAUGCUGCACACGUACACAGUCCCACUGGUAGCCAGGACGCCGUAUGUUCCGAUUUAAACGAGAAGUACUACCAUGGACUAAUCGGGGUCAAUUGUCAGCUCAACCUCGGUUGGAAGCUCGCCCUUGUCGAACUGGGCUUUGCUUCCGAGUCCCUCCUUUCCACAUAUACAGAGGAACGCCUUCCCGUUAUUUCGCACAUGCUUAAAGAAACGACGACGUUGCUUCACUCUACGAGAAGUGUAAAGACGAAUGGCGGCGAUGUAUCCCACGGAUGGAAGCGGACUCGUGAUUUGAAGAUGCUCGGUGUCAACUACCGCUGGAGCUCUAUUCUGUUCGAUGAGCGUCACCCUCAACAGACGUCCGGGAAGGAGAAGCAGCUUCUAGACGCAUAUGGAACCGAUACGAGCGGUGGGCUACAUGCCGGCGACAGAGCCCAGGACGCCCCAGGUCUCGCACUAGUCGAGGCGGACAAAAUCAGCGGAGAGACGACCUCGUUGUUCCGCAUUUUCAGCUCCACCCGCCACGCCGUCCUCGUUCUCUCCUCGAACGGCGAUCAAAUCGCAGCCGUACUCGAAUUGGCAAACAAACUUCCGCCUCGCUUUGUCCGCACGGUCGUCGUUCUCCCACGGGACUCAGCUCCUUUGCCAGCCACCUCUGGUGCGGACGUUGUCUGCAUCGACCAAGACGGGUAUGGGUAUAUGGGAUACGGUGCCGGGACAGAAGGGACCGCUGUAGCUGUUGUGAGGCCAGAUGGCGUCGUUGGCGCUCUUGUCGCCGGAGCGACAGGUUUGGAAGCCUACUUCAAGAACGUGUUCUCGAAUAUAAAGGCUUGA